ACCAUGCAAGAAGAAGACCUAGGCAAACAAAAAGCAAUAUACCUGCUGGAAUUAUUUACAAAGUUAGCAGCAGAUAUGAAAGACUAAAAUGUCUAAUAUACUGCACUGUAUUCAGGAAUGUAGGAGUGUUAAAUUAACACCAUUGUCAUUCAGAUAAGCAAAAUCAUUCAUACAUUUUACCAGUUUGUCCAGCUAGAAGGAUCAUAUGAUUUCCUAAAUUCUAUGGAAAUGUGGUUACAUGCAGUACAUUUUAAUUCUUCAGCGUUUUAGGACUUUUCACAAUAUUGAUAGCCUGUGUAGGCCUUAAUAUUCUAUAUUACGCAUUCUGAUCCAUUUAACAAGAGGGAGAUGCGAUACUCACUUAAUUAACUUCUUAAGUUUCUUCGACAUGUUUAGAUUUUUUUUUUUUACUUCUGCCUUUCUACUGUAUUGAUUCCUUGGGGUCAAACAGCAUUUUAUUUAUGCUUAGCGUUGCAUCUUAUUAACAAGGGUAGAUUACUGAAACUGAACAGACAAAUUACUCAAAAAAUGUGCCUGCUGCAGAAUCAACUUUCCAAAUAAUUGAGAAAAAGAUACUUUUAAAUUAAUUGCUUUCUUUGGAAAUGUUUCUCUCUGAAGGAGAUUGCAUAGUCAUUCUUUAAGGACCAAGUGUUUCAAUGUAAUCUAUACAGUGCAUAUCUCUAAAAUGACAGCCAUACUAAAUGUAGUCUUGUAAUUAAUUGUGCCCAUAUUAAAUGUAGUCCUAAAUAAAUUACAGAAAAUUAGAGAAUGCUUUCUUAAGGGUAUAAAUUUCAACAUUAUUACAUGAAAAAAUCUGAAUUCUUAAAUGAAUGUUACCUGAUUCUGGUGCUGGCUUUUCUGUAUUGGCUGAAGUGGUGGAGAAUAUGGAUGGAAACAGAUAAUGUUUGUUGAUAACUGUCCGUUAUAACUGAGGGUCACUAUGACUAAUAAUGUUAGCAGUAUCAAGGAUAAAAAGUGAAACAAAAAACAAGAAUUGAAACAAGGAUCAAGAAACCUGUGAAUGCUGAUAGGCUUCACCUUGUUCAAGAGCAAAUGGAAUCUUUUAAGCUCUUGACUUUCAGUCUGCUCUGAAUCACCAGGAUUGCUGUUUUGGAGUAUCUUCCAUCCUCCUCUACCUCUGGCAACCUUCUAAAUCUUUGAUAGUUUCUUUGAAGAUAACACAAGCAGGUUUCCAGUCUCAAAGUGAUUUGAUGGGGUUUUUUUUUCUUAGUAAUGAGGAUAGCAAAUCAGAAAAUGAAUAAUCAUUUUCAAAGGAGGAAUGGUAAUUUUUUUUCUUCUGGGAUCAGUCCUAUGCAGUCUGUGAUUGUUUCAGGAUUUCUUCCAUGCCAAUCUUUCUUUCUAACUCUCAGUAAUAGCAUUAAGAAUGCACAGAGUAAGAAGGAAAAAGAUUCCUUCCACGAUAUCACAGUUUAAUCCAUGUGCUGUCAUGCUCAGAGCUUACCAGAGGAGAGUGAACUCCACCAACCUGUGAAGUCAGCUGAAGUCUUUCGACAUUUGGGAACUAAUGAAGCUGUUGAAUUCAGAGAGGAAAACACACCUAAUGAAAGCCUGAUGGAUGUGGAGUAUUUACAAAAAGAUAACUCUUCUAGUAAACCUAAACACAUGCAAAACAAAUCAGAAAUCAAUGGAAGAAAAUUAGAUGUAGGCAUAUAUGAUAUAAUCAAAACUGAUAGAAGGUUAAAGCGAUUUUUAAAUUUUGGUGUUCAAGAAAGUAGCAUUAGUGGCAACAGAGAAAAUAAGCUACUUACAGAGCAAGAGAAUGCAAUGGGUUUUGGUAAUCAAACUGGAGAAGAAGAAAAUGGUAGAAAAGAUUGUUUUGUGCCAGCUAAGACCUGUGUGAGUGCUGAAAUGAUAAAUGGGCAAAUGGUUAAUGGAGAGAGACUGAAAACUCAGGGAGCAUCAAAGAAGUUGCUUGAAGUGGAGGUGAUAUACAAAACUACAGGAAAAAAUUGUUCAAGAAAGACAGGGAGAGGUGCUCCAGUAAAGGAAGAACAUGAGAUGGAACCAGAAAUUAAUUUUGAGCAGACAAUGAAGAAAGAUGAAGUUACUCAAAAAACUGGAAACCAUGCUGUGGUCGUCAGCCCUUACAAGCAGCAACAUUUUUCAAGAACUCAUUUUGAACGUCAGUGUAAAGAACGAUGCUUUACAGAAAGUAAUAGCUGUGAUAUCUUAAACUCUGAAGACAAAGAGUUUCAAGUGUGUGGUGGAGACAGUGACUCUCUUCCAGGUAUAAGGGAUGCAAUACUGUUAGAGAAAGCUGCGUCCUCAUUUAGAGAGCUGGCAGCACAUGAUGGAAGUGAAAAAACAAAGUUAAAUUUACAAUCUGUGAGCAAUCGAGUUGUUUCUGGUAGGAUUGAAAGUGAUACAAACAAACUACACGGAGUAUCUCUGGAUAAAAGUUGCUCCAUAGCAGAAAAGAAAAUCCUAGAAAAAACAAAUUCAAAUCCAAUUCCGAAGAAAGCCAAGAGUACAGUGCAAAACAUUUUGGCUGUUUCUUCAGGAAAUCUUUCAAAGAAACAGUGUACAGCAAAAGUCUCUGAACCUUACCCUACAGAUUUUGAAGGAUCACCAGUGCAGAGUGAUCCAAGUUUAGGUACAGAAUGGUUAGGAAGUUCUGGUGAUUUAAAUGCAAAUACAUCCCCCUCAGAAAUUAUUUCUGGGAGAGGGGAUAAUUUACCAUUAUCAGAAAAUGGAUUAUCAAAAAAGCUUUUGAGUCAUGGUGAGAAAGUAAGUGAGAAGAAAAUACCACAGAGUAAAAUGUGUGGUCUGGACAGCAUAAAUAUAAGCAGGAAGAAGCAGAGUGGAGAAUACAAAUUUGAACAGGGUCAGAAAUGUAAGGAUUUAUUGCUAGUUGCAGAAAUGGAUGGUAGAGAUAAAAGUCACAGCAUAAAGGCGCCUGGAAAAAACACUGAACUCCAGAAAAUGUUUUGUGAAACAGAGGAAAAAGCCUCACUUGCAAAAAAAGAGAAACAAAAAAAAGGAGACAAUGAUAUCGAAAAGAAAAGGAGCACAACUAUUGUGAAGGUACCAGAGUGUUUAUGCAAUGCAAAUGAAACAGUUAAUUUAAGAAUGAUUCUAAACCGACCUAAAUCAACAUUUGAAUCUCAAAAUAUGUCAAGAUCAAGUGAUUUAAAGUUGAUUCAACAUAAUUUAAACAAUGAAUAUUCUAAUGAUGUUAAUUACUUUCCAGUUUGAGAUGCUUGCAGUUUUUAAGUUCUUUUAGGUGUAUUUUUCUUUACUUUGUCUUACUAUCUAAUUCCCAUCCUUUUCUCCACCAGCUGAUGCUCAGCUGUGGUCAUUAGAAAUAACGAUAGCUAAGAAGAUAUAGUGUGUGACCGUAUCUGUGGGUUUAGUUUUUCUUUUUCAAGCAUAGUGCAUUAGAUUUCGUGUCUAUGGGAGCAUAAAAGGAGAUCUGAAUAGACACCAAUUUAAAUGUUCUGUAUCUGUUGAGCUUUAUUCAAAAUUGUGACAUAGGAAAUAUGAAGGAAACUAAAGCAGCUGCCUUUGCAUUAGCCUUUUAGGAAAUGUUUAAAAUGUCCUAUGAAAAAUCAUGUAAAUCUGGUAACUUUGAACUAAACCAACAUUUUUGUUUAUUUGAAAAUGUUGCUGUAAUUACGCUUCAUACUGUAUUUGUAUGAUCAUAGGAAUAUAGGUGUGUUCUUACUUCAUGUUAGCUCACAGUUGGUAAUAAAUGCCAUAGUAGUGCUAAUGAAGACAAGGUAUGUAUAGCUUCAACCAUAUUAUUACUGGUGAACAUGUAUCUUGCUUACAAGUGUUUCCCUUGAUCUGCCAACAUACCACUGGUUUUCACUAGGAUUUUCCCAGUUACUAUGUUUUUACUGCUAAGUGUGUCUACACAGCUGUGCUAUUGCCACUCCCCAGCCGAGCCCGCUUUAGAUACUUCUCUUUCUGGAGCUGACCCAUCUUGGCUUUAGCUCUACAUUCUGGUUGUUUUCUUGGGAGAGGAUUUCUGAACUUUGCUUCCGUUAUUUGUGCUUGCAAGCAUAAAAUCCUUCUUUCAGUUCCUACUGAACUGAUCCAGAAAUCCUGGGCCCCUUUCUCUUUGGAAAUUCUUGUGCAUAGUGUUUUGGCUCACUGUUUGCUCUACGUAUUUGUCCGGAGGAAAAGCGUAUGCACACUGUUGUUUGACGCU